GGGCUGUGCCCGGGUCAGGCAUUGCGCCGGGCGGCGGGGGCUGAUUCGUCCUUAGUUUGGGCUCUCGUUUUGUUUUCGUGCAGAACGGAAGCGGGAUGAAUUCCUGGAGGUUCUCUCGCGGUUUCUAGCAGUGCGGCCGGCCGUGUUGAACUCUGCCGGGAUGCUCACGGCGUUGGCGUGUGCCGAUGUUCCGUUCCCAGGUUGGGGUGUUCUCUCCCCGCCGCGGGGCACCGGGAGCUGCUCGGUGCGGGAGGGUGGCGAUGGCUGGGAGAGGGAACGCAGCCUCAGGCUCCGAAAUCGGAACCGCUCAUCUCCCUGCCGGCUCCGUGUUCCCCGUCUGGAGGCCGCGGCUCUCCUACGUGUGUAACAGAGGGAGAAACAGAGGCUGCCGUGCUGGGCUUUGCUCUGGUCAGAAGCCGUGUUGGGGCCUGGCUCCGUGCUCUGGUCUCGUUGUCCUCCUUCCGCACAAAGUUAUUUUCUCUCACUCGGGAAAACAAUGGGAUGUGUGUAACUGUAACGAAGCAUCUUUCCCACAUUGCUACCCGGGUCCAGAUCUGUAAUGCAAGCAAAUGAAGGCACGCUCUUCUGUGUACGUGUGUGUGGAUGUCACCUCUGACACGGCACCAAGAGAGAGGCAGUGCAGCGGGUGGUGCGGGAGAGCACGGCUCCUUUCGUCCCCCGCUCCUUGCCUUAUGGUUCCAAUUGGUACUGAGUGAGAGCUUAAGUAUUUUGCUUCGGGGAGUUGGGCCGUUCUCACGUCCAUCCUAGACGAGCUUCUGGAGAGGAAUCUGGAUGAAGAUUCCUCUGUGAUUGAGCUAGGAGUUGCACGUGGAUCGCUCUGAAAGUAUUGCCUCCUAUUUAUUUCCAUGGAAAUUACAACAGGUAGAAAGAGUGCAAGAAAACUUUUUGAUAGAGCAAAUUCUCAGCUACAAAACACUGUUUUUCAACACAGUCACUCCCAGUGAUGAACAAGAGCCUGCGUGCUGUGCUCAAACAAAUCUGCACCAGCGGAGGUGACUGCUGUUGCUACUGCUGAAAUGCAGCACACAGCACCUUACUGUGCUAUCAUCUGGUGCUGGGUCUCUAUGAACAUUCAGCAAGCAUCAAUGAAUGUCAGUGGGGGGCAUUUUUUCUGCGUGGAGCAAUUCAGUGAUGCACCUUUGCUCCAUCCGCGCUUCUACGUCAGACGCUUUCAUGUCAGAGUGCCCCUCUGCUGCCAUCUGUCCCACAGCAACAAAUGUAGCGGGAUGGUGGUGGGAAGAAGUGCCCCUCUGCUGCCAUCUCACCAACACCUACCUCUGACGGCUUGAGUCCCCAUGCCCUGUGACAGGGACAGGCGCAGCGUUUGCAGAUGGCGGCUCUGCCAGCAGCACUGCCAUGUUGGAGGGCUCUGCUGGCUGUGCUGUGCUGCUCUCCAGGAAGGAGCCAGCGCUGCCUAUUGGCCACCUCAGCAUGGGGAGGCUUUAAAUGCUGAUGUGUAACUGCCAGAACAAUAGCUACUGCCCCUACCCCCAGCAUGCAGUGUGGUACAUAACGUUGUGGAAGGAGGCCCUGAAAUGAGCUUUUCCAUCCUGUGCUGACUGUGGCAUCCCAUCCGUGACACCAUGCACACAGACUGAGGGCCACUUUUACAUUUGUUCUAACUGCAGCCUGUAACAUUCCAGUGCACUCCGUGUGCCCAGACACCGGGGAUAUUUGGGUUGGCUUGGUGCCGCUCACAGUGCAGGCCGCAGCCCUGCACCUGACCAGGGUGCUCCCAUGGGACAUCCCUGUGUGCUGAGAGGAACGUGUUCCCAAACACAGCUCCCAGUGGUGCAGGAGCAUCCCCCUAGCUCAGGGACCUGCACAAGGUCGUCAUUAAAAACAGAUUUUGCUUCCUGUCUCUCCCAGGCCGGAGCGCAGUGUAGCAUGCAGGGAGCUUUGCCUAAGCAGGACCAGUCACACAUGUGGUUUUGUUGUCCUUUUGAAGCAGCUUUUGCAAUUAGUUGGUAUGAGAGUGCUAGAGAAGGGCUGAUAGAACGGAUCCAGGCAUGAGAAUCUCAUUUCCAGCACCUACCAGUGAAGGCUGGUGUGGUUAUUCCAUGGUGAAGAUGGGAAUGGUUUGCUGAAUUGCCAUACAACUGCUCCCUGAGGAGGGGGAGCAGAGAGCGGUGCGGGGCUCUACUCCUGGGAAUCGAGGGCAGGAGGAAACAGCACAGAGCUGUGCUAGGGCAGGGUCAGACUGGGCACUGGGAAACCUUCUUCACCCUGAGGGUGGAGGCAGCCUAGCGAGGCGGCUGGCGCCCUGUGGCUGUCAGUGUUCGGGAGGCAUUUGGACAAAGCCCUCAUUGAUGUGCUGUAACUUUUGGUUGACCCUGAAGUGGUCAGGCAGUGGGAGGAGAUGAUCUCCGAAGGUCCCUUCCAGCUGAACUUCCAGUUUAUAUCGAACAAGAUAGGCCAUCCCUGUCUGGUUGUGCAGAGAAGCGGUCGUUUUGCUGGGCACCACUCUAUAGCAUUUGUCCUCGGCUCUGGGUGUUCUCCAGGGACAAAGCAUGUGGGCCAAUAAACAGACACAACAUCUUAAUGACAUGAUAGCCUAUUACCCUACGCUUGCUGCAGUGUUUGUAUAUUCGCUACCUUAUUUUUUUUUUCCCCCCAGCACAGAUAGUGUCCAGCUCUGAGGUUUGCUUUAUUCCCAUCGCAAGCAUAAGCUCUGCUGGAGCUGCACUGCGCUGAUGCCAUUAAGGGUGUUAAUUUUUUCACACCUGUGGGUGUGAUAUCAGCCACUGUGUCCGUAAACUGUGCAUGACUCCAGACGGAGCGGGCUGCUCCUGCCUCACGCUGAGGAUGUGAGGAUGCACUGCUGGGGCCGGGAGCGGGGAAUUCCACCCCAGCAGCUUCUCCCAGCUGUGCCCGUGCCCUGCAGAGCCAGCAAUGUUAGCGCCAGUUCUUGUCACGCUUUGAAGUAUUUCUGACUCUUACAGCAGCGACUUGUUUUUGAAAAGUUCCCACAUGAGUAAUGCAGUGGGAGACUUCAUGUGUACGUCCAAAACACAAACGAAAGCCAAGAAAUUCCUGUUUCCAGUCAGUUUUGCCAUUUGCUUGUGUUUGUUGCAGAAGUAUAUGUUGAAGAUGUUUUUCUUCUGUCUAGGAGAAGUGGAGCAGAGUUAAAUAAAAGUGCAGCCGUAUGCAGCCUUGUAACAGAACUUGAGGCAAAUCAGCGUAAAUCAAACAAUGUUUUACAUAGGUGUUCUUCAAGUUUGCUUUUUUAUGUAGUUAAGUAAUAAACAAUACAGCGAUACAAGGAAGAUGGCUAUAAAGUACAGAGAUAAAUUUGCCAUAUUUUACCCGGAUAUUACAAGGACUUAGAAUGUUUGGGGUAUUUUAUAUACCAUGUGUGUGUUAUUGCUUAAUCUGCAGAGAAUUUGUACUUCCCUGGGAAACCAUUACACUUGAUGGUAAAACACUUUAAGAAUUGUCUGCAUAUUUAUACAACACACAGUAACAACUCAUAUGGUGCUGUUAUGUGACAGCGCGUACUAGGGGGAGUUUUGUGUUAAAUUUCUAGUUAACAUGUGAAGAGUGGAUGAAGAUGUUCCUGGAAAUAUAAUUUCCAUGUGCUAAUGUAUGGGGUCAUAGUCCAUCAGGGCAGUGCAGACACAACUGGAGGUUCAGCCAGUUAUUUUGUUUGUAAUCCUGACAUUCUAAAAAUGGCAUUUCCUCUCACAUAUCUGAAUGAGACGCUACACGUGCUUGUAAUUUAGAUGUUAUGAGCUGCAUAACAUAUGUGGUCAUAGAGAUCAAUGGUGUCUUCUAUUGUUUUCCUGUUACCUAAAAUGCUUGGGUUACGAUUACAUGCAUCCCGAGGGAGCUUUUUGGAGCCCGGACGAAUCUGUUUUGCAGCCUGACUUUACUGCCUUUUAAAGGAAGAAUGUCCUAAUUCUUAAGAAGGAAUUUGAAGCACUUCUUAGAACCACAAGAGCUCAAGAGGCAAGAUUAACUUACUGUGCUGUGUGGAUGUAACAGCAUCAGAGAGCAAACUACAUAAUGUGGUAAUAGGAGGUGAAAGCUGCAGUCUUUGAGAGGAACAUGAAUGCUGUUUUAAGUGCAGAGGAGAGCUCCAUCUGCCCGAGUGUUUUCCGUCACAGACAUGUGGUGACUGAAGUUAAAUAUUUGGCAGAUGGUUUGUGGGUGAUACAUCUACGAGUGCUUCAGAUCUCUCCUACAAGAUGUGUUCCACAAAUCCGGCCAACUGGGUUACCUUCGAUGAUGAGCCGGUCUUCCAGUCACCCCAGAAAUUGGUUCAUAAUCAGAGCAGUUGUAAAGCAAAUGGACUGAAACUCAAUCUCUCUACUGUGCAUGAAUCUUCAAGUCGAUCAUCUUCUACAGGCAGCACUCCACUCUCAUCUCCUGUAGUUGACUUCUACCUAAGUCCUGGCCCACCCAGUAACUCUCCACUUACUACACCUACCAGAGAAUAUCCAGGCAGUCCAUGUACCCAGAAGCAUGGGAUUCAUGUCCUUUAUCCUAUUCCUGAAUGGCCAUCAAAUACUAACCUUCCAUCAUCUGGGGUUUGCUCUUCCCUAGCCUCGCAGAAACCCAGCAGCCUUCUUUUGACUAAUGACAGUUCAGUUAAGACUUCUGUCUCCAAAUCAGUAGAUGAAGGAAACACUGAUCUGCAAGGAAGCUGUGACAAGUCAGAAGAGUCAUCAGCAAUGGGGCAGUUCCCUUACUUCCAGACUGACUGUGGUUUUUCCAGUCCCUUUUGGAAGGAAGGAUACUCGAUUAGCACAUCACCAGCUAACUUGAAUGCAUACAGGAAGGACAAAAUGCUUGAUAAAGGCACUUGUCAUUCUAAAGAAAAAGAGAUUUGCCAUGAUCAGAAGAGCCUUAAUCAGGGCUCCUUCAGCUACAUCUGUGAGAGGCUAGAACACUUGCAAGCUGAUGGCUCUGAUGCUGUGGGAAGCCUGCCCACCUCCAGUUCUUACGAAUGGCACAAGGAAUCCCCAGCUGUUCCUCACAGCCUGUUCAGGAGCCGGAAAGCUGAUGGAUGGCCAUUCAUGCUGAGGAUUCCUGAAAAGAAGAAUAUGAUGUCAUCUCGGCAAUGGGGCCCUAUUUACCUCAGGGUUCUAGCUGGAGGAGUAUUACAGAUGUACUAUGAAAAAGGACUCGAAAAACCUUUCAAAGAAUUCCAGCUUCAGCCACACUGUAAGCUAUCUGAACCCAAAUUAGAGAGCUAUAAUGUUUCAGGAAAAAUCCACACUGUGAAGAUUGAGUGUGUAUCUUACACAGAGAAAAGGAAGUAUCAUCCCAAGGUAGAAGUGAUCCAUGAGCCAGAGGUUGAGCAGAUGUUAAAGCUGGGAACCACAGAUUAUAAUGACUUCACAGAUUUCCUUGUAACAGUUGAGGAAGAGCUUAUGAAACUUCCUACCACUUCUAAACAAAGGAGAAAUUAUGAAGAGCAAGAAAUGACUCUGGAAAUAGUGGAUAACUUUUGGGGAAAAGUCACUAAAGGAGAAGGAAAGCUUGUAGAAAGUGCUGUUAUCACACAUGUUUAUUGUUUGUGUUUUGUGAAUGGUGGUACUGACUGCUUUCUAACUCUAAAUGACCUGGAACUCCAGAAGAGGGAUGAGCGUUACUUUGAGAAGGAGGCGGAGAAGAAAUGGAUCAAUAUUCUCGAUUGCCAUUUCCACAACUGUGUCAAAAUGCAGGAAUUUGAGCAAUUGCGAAUUAUCAAGUUUACACCCCCUGAUGCCUGUAGGCUGGAGCUAAUGCGUUUCAGGACGCAGUAUCAUGGAGAAGACCUUCCGUUUUCUCUGAAGGCAACGGUAGUGGUUCAGGGGGCAUAUGUAGAACUUCAGGCUUUUAUAAAUAUGUCUUCAACUGCUCUGAUCCCAACGCGGUUGCCCUCUGUGAAAUGCUGCGAAAAUGUUAUGAUACGCUUUCCAGUUCCCACACAGUGGGUCAAAGCACUUUGGACCAUGAACUUGCAAAGGCAGAAGUCCCUAAAAGCAAAAAUGAAUAGAAGAACGUGCCUUGGUUCUUUACAUGAGAUUGAAUCUGAUCCUGUAAUACAAGUCUCGGUUGGAACGGCAAAAUAUGAGAGUGCCUACAGGGCUGUCGUAUGGAAGAUAGACAGGCUUCCAGAUAAAAACUCAAGUGGAGAUCAUCCACACAGCCUGUCCUACAAACUGGAGCUAGGAUCAGACCAGGAAAUACCUUCUGACUGGUACCCAUUUGCCACUGUGCAGUUUGUCGUUCAUGAUGCCUGUGCCUCAGGAACAGAAGUGAAGUCACUGGGCUUAGAGAGUGAUGUGCAGCCCCAGAAGCAUGUGAUUCAGAAAGCUUUUUACAAUUGCCAGGUUGAAAUUGAAAAGAAGUGGAUCAGGCUUGAUGGAGAAGAUCCAGAUAAGGCUGGCAACUGCUUAAUGCAGUGAAAGAGAACAGCGGGCAUCAUUGUAGGGUAUUUACGCAGGAAAUUCUAUUGUUAGAAACAGUGCAAUGACCUACUUUAGGAUAAAAAAGUCAUUGAAUAUAUUUUAAGUGCUUUUGGGUUUGAUUCUGCACAUCCACACUCACUUGAUUGGCUUGUGUUCAAGUCACGUUCAUGUCAUGGGAAAACCGGUAUGAGCAAGGUCUACUUGUAAAGGUUUGCAGGAUGUGAGCACUUACUCGACUGAUUGUAAUAUAUAUUUUUUCUGUUGCAUAUCAAUGACUUGGGAACAAUCUCAUAUUCCACACUGAAACCUAAUGGCACUACUCAAAGAGUUCAAGUCACUUGGACAUAUAAUAUUCAGCAAUAAAAACUGCCGGGGCUCUUACAUGCAGACCAGCAUCUGUGUAGGGUCCAGCAGGACCAAUUACAUUUUUUCUAGUGACACUUGAAAACCUACAUCCCCUGUGCUUCUGUUCACAAUUUAUGUGAACAGAACAAAUUGUAAUAUUAUUCUCUGUGAGAGCUUCAACUAAUGAGUUAGAACCAGGCUGAUUUCAUUGGUAAAAUGGGAAAAGUUCUUCUGCAAUAAUAUUCCUCAUUUUUCUGUGGCAGUGAGCGUUUCCUUCCCAGCACUUUCGUCUGUGUCAGCAUUAGACUUUUUUUUUUCACUGCUGCAGCAAGUGAGGGGGCAGAUCCUCAGCAAGCAUAGAUCAGCCCAGUCCCAUUUCAUUUGAUGAAGCUCUGAUGAUUUACACCAGCAGAGGGCUUUGCCCACAAAUUGAAAAAAUGGUGUCUUGCUAGCAAUUGCUCCUUUAGGAUGCAGGGUCCAGACAUUGUUUUGGAAACCACAGGUGCUUCUGCACUGCUGCUUGAAGGAACUUCAAGACAAAGGGCAUGUCUUCCUAUGCAUGGGAAGUCAGAGGUUUUCAUCGUGCCAUUGGCUGAAGGCAUUGCUGGAGGGAAACAAUGCAGGAAUAGACUAUUGCCAGGGAAGUGAAGCUGUGUCACUUCACCAAAUAGCUACUAACACUUUAUUAAUGUGUUAACAUCCUAUCAUUGUAAUUUAGGAAGAGUUUUUUCCACUUUCUCAUAGCCAUUAUCCCCUUAAUCAUUUUAUUCAGGCUGUAAUUCCCACUCCGAAAAAAGAAAUACAGUAAAUUGAAAAAAAUAAUAUGUUUUUAUUUUUUGAUGCAGUUUUCCUAAACUUUUGGACAGCAAAAAUACAGUAAUGCACUAAGUUUCACUUUAUAUUUUUCUACAGCUUGUAACUGUUUAUAUGAACACUGUAAAAAUACAGAUAAAUGUUAUUCCUCCAAAGUAGAAAAAUGUGGGAUGUGCACUGAGAAAAUUACCAGUCGGAGGAAACAGAAGGCCACAAUAUGAACAUAGUUCACCACAAUAAACUUUUCUCCCUGUUUGGAAGCUGAGAAUGAGAUGGGUAAUAGAUUCUGUAGUAAGUCCUGGGAGCAGGCUUUUAUGGGUAUUGCACUGCCUAAGCCCCAAAAAGACUAUUAUGAUAUUUUGUCAUCUUUAUAUUAUCCCUUUUUAUUGGCAGAUGAUAUCAUAAAUCUAAGCAAGCAUUUGAGUACAGUAGGGAUCCAAAAUAUGUCUCAGAUAUUGCAUCCUCCGUUCCUGUUUUGACUUUAGUAGCCAUUUGCACCUUCAAAUCAUGUUUGGUUUAUUGUAUUCAAAUUUAAUUUUGGUUUAUUUACUUCUGAACUGAACUGAGUGACACAGUGCAUGCUGGGGCAGCACUUCUAUACUCAGCACCACAGCAGAGCUCUGCGAUUCAUUUAAGUCCAUGGCUAUACUAGAGCUGCAAAGCUGCAUUCUAUAUUUGCCUUUCCUGGUAAUCAGUCCUUAUUAUAUCUGGUAUGGUGCAAAUGAUCAUUCCGCCUUACUGAGCUCGUUAACAGAGAAAGGUCAAGCUGCAGCUUUAUCUGCAUGGCACAAUCGUGGAUUUCCAUCUGAGGCUUGCCAGACUCUUUACCUUUAACAGGAAUGGGAUCAGGAUCACAGGAAAUCCAUUCCACAGAGAUGUUGCUGAAAGAAAGUUACUGUUUAAUUCAUGGUUUUCACAACUACUGCAGCCUAAGGCUGAAAAACUACCCUCUUCAGUCUCAAAUAGGUGAUUGUAUGUCUUGCUGUCAGAAUGUUGAAAAAUAGAAGGCAGUUCAAUGAAAGAAAGUUUGGGUUGACUUUUUUCUCCCCAUCGCAUUCUAGCUUCUCACUCUACUGCAACAAUCCAAAGCAGAAACACUGGCUUCCCUUUUGUAAUAUUUCUUCUGCACGCUCUGAUACCAUUGAAUAUAACCAGCUGUACAAAUAUUCUCAGUGUUUAAGACUUAAUUGCUAACAUUUUCUUUGAAUGCUAUAGUAGCUGAUAACAAGUAAACAUACUGGUCUUUAUUGCUUAGAAAUCUGGGCAGUAAAUUGUCUAACUGUAUUUUGGGAGGGGAAUGGGGUGAGGAACAGUUGCUAUGUGUGGAGGUACUCAGUGUCCAGCUGGCAGAGGGACUGGAGCUUUAAAUAGCCCAUGAGGUACACUGGCAUGGUGAGAGGAAGCAGGGUUCGUGCGUAUGUGAGCUCUGCUUGCCUGCAGCUAGCACCUGCACUCACUGAAAUUCUUCCAACUGUUUUGCUCACUUCAGAUGCAGAUGCUUCACUAACAUUUACUGCAGGCCAGUAUUUAGAUGUUACCUGCGUUUCCCUCCCAAAGGAGAAGCAGAGUUUGGGAUGUUUUAUAUUUGAAAUGGAAAUGAAUGAGAAUGGCUAUUUUUGAAGUGUUUUCUUACAAAGUAUAUUGUAUUUGCUCAAACUGACAAACUUUGUCUUUGCAUUAAUGUUUCUUAUACUAGCUGUGUUACCAUAGGUAAAUGGUACUUGGUAUAAUUUUGGAUUCAAACACCCAUUGAAGUCAAUGGAAGUCCUUUAACUGACAAAAUGGGAUCUGCAUCAAAGUCUGUAAGAGUAAAGGAGUGGCAAGAAGAAAGAAGAAAGAAAAAAGAAAUGAAUUGUUGUAAUGGGCAGGAAAAGAAAGCACUGUAGAAGAUUCUUGAUGCUGGUAAAGGAGGUGUAACUGGGUGUCAAAGCCCAAGCUUUGCAGUGACAGGGAAUGAUGCUGUGGCUGCCCCUGGGCAGCAGCUCUUGAGAAACGAGGGUGGUGGUGCGCUCCAUUGAAUGUGAUGCCAAGCCAUGGUCAUCCUUAUGCUCCAUAUUAAUUGUCCAAAAGUACUCUGCAUCUGAAAAAGUCCUUUCACACAUUGCUUCUAGUUGCAUUUAUUUUAUUUGACAGACUUCUUAGCUGCAGUAUUGGUGUCCACAUCUCUAUUUCACAUUUAUUUGUCUUUUUGUUGACUAAACACGGUAACUAACUGCUGCAGUUAGUAAUUCUUAGCUAUAAUUUUGAUAACUCUGAAGCAGUGCUGUUAUUCUUAAUGGAAAAUAUAAUUUUAUUUUUGUCAGUUUAAGUGUAAACAGAUCACGCUGAUGAUCUUGUAAUAACAUUUUGUAGAUUGCAUAUUGAUUAAAAAAAUAAAGUUGUAUUUCAAACUUGCA